AUGCAAAUGGAACCAUGGCGGAAACGAGGGUUUGUCCCAGACUCGGACGAAGAGGACGAACUCGAUACUCUCGAAACAAAAGAGGACACUGUCGGCGAUGCCAGUGAUAAUGAUAUCGAUCUCGAAUACCUACCCGUUCCGAAAUCAAAAGCCGUGGUCGAGUCAACCGCCUCAGCGGAGCACGACACGGACCUGGAGGCAGGUUCGAUAGCUCUUUCUGAUACCGAGAAAUCACGAGCAGGCUCAGUAGAACUGGUGACGAGUCCUCCGACCAAACGACGAUAUACGAAAAACUCGGAUUCGCAGACCAGAGGGCCUUUGGAAAGCCCAAGAGAUCAUCAAAGCAACCCUUCUGCCGACGGGCAGACACCCAAGGCACGUCGGGGAGGAUUCAAAACAUAUGGGAAACGAUCCUCAGCUACUAAAUCGACGAAGCCACGCCAGAAAGAUGAACGAAAUCUUAAUCAUAUCUCUCCAAAACAAGAUGAUGGCAUAUGGGAUAUCCCUAGUUCGCCAGCUACGCACGAUUGGUCUGCACGCAAGUCACGACGCCGUGAUCGCGAGUCGACACCCACAGCCUCGACCCCGACAAAGCUUUCUCAGUCUUCUAUUGUGCGAAGGCCCAAAGUGAAUGAUGUGCAACAACUGAGCGGCUUUACCAGAUCUCGAAGCUCUUCACCCGACGAGUUAAGUCUAAUCGAGCAGCCGGUCGUCAAACCGCCGAGUGUCAAUCAACCUCAAAAUCAAGACACACCGCAGCCACACAGUUCCGAAGAUGAUUCACCUUUAUCAUCGCCACCGUCGUCCAUUCAUUCUCCUGCCAUCGAGGCAGAACAAGGGCUUGGUAUGACUGCCACGGAAGCCCAAUCGGCCGUCCUGGAGCGAAUUUCCUCUGAGAUCGAGAUCCUUCCGGGAAUUUUGGACCAAAUAGAAGCCCAGCCCAUGCAAAGAAGCUUCCGAUCGCGCAAUGCCAUUCAACUGCAUCCUUAUGCUUUUGAAAUGGCCAAGUACCAGAAGUUGAUGAAGCAAGGAGGUAUUAAACCAGUGCGAAUGCCCGCUGAAGAGCAGAGAAAACGAGCUCCACCAACCACAGACGAAAGUCAGGAGCAGGAUGAUUUCAAUCCAGAUUCAUUCCGUUCUAGCCCUCCGCCAGAAGAGUUCCUCCCUUCCGCGAGACCUGAACGCCGUCAAGAUGAAGUGAAUGGAGGCGAACAGCAGAACCACAGAAAGCACCGCCCUCCGAUUCAAAGAAGUCAUUCAACCAAACGAAGAAGGAAGUCGGCAUCUGGUGCUUGGCAGAAUGCUGGUCCGAAUGAACAGCCCAGGCCCCAGGUGGUGAUCCAUAGAACCCCUCCGACUCAUCGUCCAGACACAUCGGCAUUCGAUUCAAUUUUCGAUCUUUCAUCCAGUCCACCGGACCCAGCGGGCGUCUCAUCAGCUACGCAAACACCGCGAGUUUCUGAAGGGUUCCGAUUUCCUCCGGGAUUCACACCACCUUCAACUACGACCACAAUUGUCCAAUCCAAACCAGCCAGUCCGCAGGUUUCUGAGCAUAAUGUUGAAAAACCAGGUUCUGAUACCGUUUCUGGUGAUGAAGACGACUCAGACAUAUCUCAAGCGUCGUCCGGAGAACCAGAGGAAACCGCUGAAGACCGUGAGAUACGAAGGAUACAACGUCAAACCCGCGGAGUUCUUCCUGCUUCCUACAUUAGGCUUACGCAAAAUCGGUUAGAAAAGCAAAUAAAGAAUCAAGGCAAUCACAAUACCGGCAUACAGCGAAUGGAUGGUAAAGGUGUCGCGCAGAAGAUUGUUCGAAAACGCGGACAGCCUGGGAGAACGAUCUCUUGGAUGGAUUUGGGAGACUCUGAUGAUAGCGACGACGGGGACAAAAAUGAUAGUCACAAAAGUGCGGAGCAAGAUGACACUCACAAGGAACCUGUUCAUGCUCCUAACGAUUUGUUCAACGAUGAUCAAGAUAUCAUGGAAGACAAUCGCAUCGACUACAUGCUUCCAACUGUUCCACGCAAUACUUCAAGCUCACAUCGCCAAAAGGGUCUGAAACGGCCAAAGUCGAAGGAAACUAUAAGCCAGAGUGAAAGACAAGCAAAAAGGGCUCGCUUGAAAAGGCAAACCAGACUCACAGAUGAAUCAUAUGGAGGCCACAGAACAAAAAAGGAAUCAAAAAAGUCUGCGUCAAGACCAGCAUCAAGAUCAGCGUCGAAACCAGCACAGAUUUUAGGUAUUCUAGAUGCACCUGAUGUUGCCUCUCGACCCCGUCACGAACAACCGCAGUUCCUUAGAAUUGCUGCAAGAGUCGCCCGCUCGCGUCGAGAUGCAGGAAGACGAAGCCCAACUCGGAAGUUUGUCCAAUUGGGCUCAAAGCUCGAUACAAUAGAUGCCAACCAGUCAUUGCGGGAAUGGAAAAGAGGAAAGAUUCGGCAGUCCAAGGCCGGUCGACCUCAAUCCAAUCCUCGCAAGCAGCAGGCACAUACAGGUCUUUCAAACGAACAUCGAGCGGCGCCAUCUGUCCCAAGAGCUCGAGAGUCGAACCACGUUGCGGCCACACAGCCUGAUAUCAUCAUGGUAGACGAUGAAGCGCCCACCGGCGAAGAAAAUGCAUCAACAGGGACAGCCGCAUUGACGCCUGCUUUAUCGCAACAUCGCAAUACGGCGGCUGUGCAACCGAAGCAACCAGAGAGGCAAGGAAACCAGUGGAUUAUUCGCAGGAACGUUGCAAUUUCAUCUUUGAAACGAACCGCCCAUCGCCCUGCUGCAGCAAGCUUGGUAGAGUCUGAUGGCAGCCAAGCGGCAUCUAAAGCUAUGUUCAGUCGAUCCUUGACUUUACUAAAUCGGGAUUAUCGGCAAAAGAGCAAACUCAGCCACGGUCUUACACUGAACCGAUAUCUUUCUAAUACUGGAUCACUGGGCAAUUCUUCUGCAGCGCUUUCGAAACCAUUGCCAACAGCAAAAUCGCAAGCCAAUGCCAGCCACCAGCCAUCAAUUUUUCAAGAGCAGCGGCGUCGCUUGAAAAAAUCCAUGCCUCAUCGAAUCAAUGUCGAUGCAGAUGAGUUUCGUCAAAUUCAAGAGCCAGUUGAUGACUUGAACGCUUCUCCCACCGGCCCUGUCGCGCCGACGCGUCAUUCGACGUUCAGCGUAGGAGGGUUGUUCAACUGGCAGCCCUCGUACUCACUCGACUUUGGUAUGAUGCCCUUGCUUGAUGGAACUUUCUUUCAUGAAUCUACGUUUAUAGGAAGCGGAGAUUUUACCAAGUCGUUACAACUUAAAAAGCGAGACCUGGAUCGCGAAACAAGAUCAUCUUCUAUCAUUUUUAAUGACCAGACAUACCGCUGGGACGCCUGGAAUGAUACAGUAUCCUCUCAGAUGGGGUCUGUAUUUGACAUGAUCACCAUUGAAUCCGAACAAUGCAUUGCACCCUCUCCGGAAGCGAGGCCGGACCCUUCUUUAGCCUCAUCAUCUUUUGCAUAUCGAUCAUUGAUCACCUAUGUGACUGAUAGCUUGUCAUUUAUCGACCCUGUUGACCGGAAGAGCUUUGUCAUGCGAUCGAUGGGGCUGGUGUCUCGACUCAGAGAACCAGUGGCUGCGUUCAUAACCAACGGAGAAUUCAACAAGAGUGGUCUAGUAAGAUUGGGGUACUACAAUCUGGUUUUUGCGAAUCAAAUUCACCAGAUUUCCUCCCAUCCACUUAUUAGCACUGAUCUUGCCAGUGACGCUUUGAAGCUGGCCAAGGCUUGUGCCAAAGACGUCACUGCAAUGGCCUUGAGCGAAGCUGGGAUCGCAGAGCUUCACCGUCUGGUAGAAGAAACCAAGAAAGCGGCGCUGCGAGACACCGGCAUUCGUGAAGAAUUUCCAUCGGCAACUGCUUUAGUUGUCACUGUGCAACUUUUGCGCAGCUCGCAAUCAUUUAGUGGCCUGCUUGCUGACCUGCACACUGAGGUCUACACCAAAUGCCUCCUUCGCAACCAAAAAGAUAUCACCAUCCUGGAAUUUGCAUGGCGCGGCUUGUUCACGACUUUGCCACUGAAUGAGAUUGAUGAUAGAGGUAUCGCACGGCGUGAGUCCCGUUACAAGACGGGGAAUGACAAUUGGGACCUCGUCAAAAAGCUUCUGUCCCCUGUGUUGGAUAGUUGCGACACGAAUUCUGCUAUCCAGCCUAUCUCUUACAAUUCAUAUUGUCGGACGCUUUUUCAGCGAUGUCACCUGCUUAUCAAUGCGUGGGGAUGGAGGGACUGCAAGCCUAUUCUCGAUUUUCUUUACGAUUUCUUUGCCCGCAAACUUCUUCAUAAUUUGAAGCUCGAGGAAAGCCGUGGAUCUCCUACCUUCCUUGAUGAACUCGACAAAGCGCCAUCAUUGGAUAUUCGAGCUGGAGAACCAUGCUUCCACACUCUGCUCAAGAUCAUUGCAAGCGGUCUGCGCUUCCUUUCGUCGAGGUAUGAGAAGAAGAAAAUUCGGAACUUUGCGUGGCGCCUUCUUCCGAAUCACGGUCGUGUCUACCCCAAGGAAAUGCCCUUGCGCCAUGAGGACCUAAAUGCGCUAAGAAAUCACCAUGAUCUGCUGUGUACAUUGUACUGGGCUGUUCCAGAUGGCUGUCGACCUCGAUUGGAGGCAAUUCGAAACCUUGUUCACCCUGCAAGUUCCCACCGAGAAACAUGCAAUAUCAAUUUGAAGUCAUGGACAAGGCUGAUUCGAUUCAAGCUGUCCACAAAUGAAGAUGUGUCAGGUCUGGAACCAUUCGCCGAUUGGCACAGCCAUUUCUUGACAGAGCUUGCGCAGCAGCAUUCAAAUGUGCGGAACGAAAUCGAGGCGCAAAACAAUAAUGAAAAAUUCGCUUCCAAGGACCUUGUCGAGAGCACUAUCUCCCAGAAUCAGCGACAGAUCGAGACCUCAUUGGAUGUGGCUCUUUCAGGACUACGUACUGCCAUAGCGCUUGCUCCGUCCUUGGAACAUGCCUACAAAUUGAUCUCGAAGACCCCAUUUGAUGCCAUUGUGAGCCUCUUUGAUGCAAAGCGCGCUCGAGUGAACACUGUCAUUUCCGAGGCUUUGCAUGUAAUAGUAGCUUAUGUUCAGAAAGAUCCUGCCUCACCUACUGCAACUGCCGUUGCUCCUGCUCCUGCUGCCACGACCUCGUUCGAGGAAGACAGUCAAGAGUUCGAGGGAUUUGAUGACUGGACUGAUAUUGAUGCUGUUCUGGUCCAACAAGACACGGCACCGGAGGAGAUAAAUUAUGUGCAGACGAACCUUCGCGCCAUCGUCUUCCGCCUCGUUUCCAACUGUUUCGGUCAAGAAAAUUGCCCAGAGGAUCCAAUUCUCAUGGACGUUGUUGAUUGCUGGGCGUCAGUUGCUCAUGUUCUUGUUCGCCAUGGGUUGCAACGCUGGGACGAUUACUUGAGUCCAUACGGAAAUCAGUCAUGGUCGCAGCUUCGGCAGACAAUGCAGACCCGAAAGUAUACGGGCCAUUUUCUGGCUGUUUGCAUCGAAAAAGACUCGCAGAUCCUGAUGGAAUGCAAAAAUCUUGUGAUGGGCACAUGGAUGUCAUCCCUGGCUGAGCGCUCAUCAAUGCUCAAGUUUCAACAUCGUCUCACAGCAGCAGUGCUGAACGGAAGGCCCCAGGACCCCUUGCUUCGAAAUCUUCCAUUUACCACGGAUAAAACAGACGGCAAGUACCACAUAAAUUUGGAGGACCUCACUCAACGUCGAGUAUCGCUUCUCUCGAGUCUUCUGUCCAAUAUGCGCGAGCAUGUCUUGCAAUUAGAGGCUUCCGGGAGCCGGAACUUGUCUGUCACCAAACAGGAUUACUCAGAAGUGCUUCAACGCUUAAUGACCGCCAUGAAAGACAAUUACUGCGAACUUGGUAAUGGAACAGCAGAGUCGGCGCAGGGUGCCUAUGUCGAGUUCGUGCAUCGUAUCAUUCGAUUCCUGCAGGAACUCACCAGCGACAUCAAACCCGUCGACCCAUUCUUUACAGACCCUACCAUGUUCCCUCUGCCAUCUACAGACCCGCGAUACAUCGUUGCAAAGUUGAAACGCUAUGAGCCUAAACUUGCAUCCAAUAAGGAGGUUCAGACAUUGACGAUGUUCAUCCAAAGCAUUGUCGAAAGGGCGACCGUGGAGCGUCAGCAGAGCAAUUUGGUCGACCAGCUGCAUACUGCUAUGAAAAGUACCUAUGAAGCCGGGCGACAUGAGAAACCUACUCUGCGCGCUGUCCUCUUACAAUGUGUGUUCCCAGCAUACAUUGAACUGGCUUUCAGUACCCCUGCUGCCUGGAUUCUAAGCCGCCCAAUCAUCCUGAGCAUCUCUCGCGUGUUCCGGGAUCUGUUGUUCAGCCUCAACACCAACGAUCCAGCAUGUGUAUCUUCAAUACUGAGAAUAUUCGAUGUUGUUUUCCAGGCCUCAUAUCGUGCACUUCGGCCCUUGUCUACAUACCCGCGACAGUUCAAGGACCCUGCCGUCUUGUCUAUGUUUGCCCAAUUUCUUGAGAUGAUUGUUUCUUCUCUUGUUGUCGUCGACUAUCUCGAUCGUAUUACGGACAACGCAGAGGGUCUCAUCUCCUAUAUCCGAUGGUUUAGCGAUCUCUCCACUGCUGUAUCAUCAGAGUUGGACAAUUCUGAGCCAGGGACAGCGUCUGACGCAAGUAUUGCUGCCAUCCCAGCCCCAGAACAGAUCUCGGACAACUCCACAGCUGCAGUCCCGCAACAUCUUGUGACAGGGCGACGUCUUGCUUUCGAAGACCACCAGUCUUAUCUCAAAAUUUGGACACUUCAUGAUGGCAAAUACUAUUACACUCGUCAAGGUCACGACGCCAAGGAGGUGUCUCUGGAUCCUGGGGUAGUUGCGGUCCUACAAGACAAGGCUGCAGCGAAGAAAGAAUUCAAAGAUGCAAGUAUGGAGUUGUCAGCUUUAGUCGAACACUAUGACUUCUUUCCUAUUUGA